AUGAAGGAUAAUGCGAACCAAAAGGCUCGCGUGGAGGAGGAAAGUAGCAAUGCCCCGAAGGAAAGCAACUUGAAGAAUUUUGAAAAGACUUUCAUCCACGACUGGCAGAAGGCACUAAGGCGCGUAGAAGAAGGGAGGAAAUGUUGCGAACACCUGAGUAGAAUUUUCCAGGAACUUAUUUGUAUCGAAAAGGAGUACGAACAGAAUUUGAAAAACUUGUGUAACUCAUUUAAAGAAUUUAGUGAUGAAUCCUCUGGGAUAAAGAACGGAAUAAUGAGUCUAAAAAAAAACAUCGAAAGGAGAUGUGAACAGAUAGCAGAUUUUGUUAAUUAUAUGGAGAGUGAAAUAAUUUAUAGUACCCUGAACACUACGCUCAUUAAUCACAAAAAUGUGUAUGAUCAGAUUAGGGUAGAUGGAAUGGAAAGUGAUAAAAUGGUUGAGAGAACUAAAAAAGAUACGGUAAAAUAUGUUCAGAAUUGUGUAUGUGCAUACGAGAAUUUAGUGGAUUCUAUUCUUGUCUUUCACAAUAGCACUUACUACCAUCCACUGAAGCGGAUUGAACUUUCUAAUGUUUGUAUAUAUAAAUAUUUACUAGCCAAAAAAAGGGAAUAUGAAUAUAAGAACAUUAUAAAUAAUGUGAACCAGGUGGAACUGAAAAAAGAAAAAAAAAUGAAAAGCAUUUUGUACUCUCUUGAAUCGAUGGAUUACAAGAGAAUUUCAUGUAUAAAGGAUAAUGUCAUGAAAUACUUAAUUUUUUUUACCUCCUAUAUUAGGAAUGUGCAGUAUGAUUUAAAUGGCUGUAUUGAUGUGUUUAAAGAUGUGGACCCCAGUAGGGAAAUCGAGGAGUUCUGCGAAUUGUAUUGUGCGAAGAGUGGCGCUGAUGGGAAGAGACAAGGCGAGGAUUCCUUCCUUUACAAUAAUAUUGUCUCUUGGCCAAUGCUAAUGGAUCACCGAACUGAGUUUAACUGUGUUGGUGUGGGGUCUUCGUACGGUAGUCGAGGUGACAAUCCCGAGAAGGGCAACUAUGUGAGCAACGCGAAGAGUAAGUAUGGCAACUUAUUCUCGUCUCUCUUCAACGUUAACGCUUACAAGAAUUUGAUUCAAAGUGAGCAUAGCGAUGGAAGGGGAGCCAACAGUGUGUAUACGAAUAUUUUUAACGAAAUUGUUUUUUUUAACAAGAAGGAGGUGAGCAGCGAGGGGGACAACGACGCGGAGGAGAACGAACCGGUGGAGGAGAAUGACGCGGAGGAGAACGAACCGGUGGAGGAGAAUGACGCGGAGGAGAACGAACCGGUGGAGGAGAAUGACGCGGAGGAGAACGAACCGGUGGAGGAGAAUGACGCGGAGGAGAACGAACCGGUGGAGGAGAAUGACGCGGAGGAGAACGAACAGGUGGAGGAGAAUGACGCGGUGACGAACGAAGCGGGGGAGGAUGAAAUGGGACACAGUGAUCCGGAUGGAAAUGCUGACAGGCAGAAUAUUGGCGAGACGCCCAACCAGAGUGAUGUGCUCAAUCGGGGUAAGGAAAUCCUCCCUCAAGGGGAAGAGGAAGAAACAAGGGAAAUACCUGCACAGUCAGGAAAAAGGGAAUCCAGUGAUGGUGAAACCAAUUCAAUGGUGAGGCCAUCUUCACCAGGGGAGGUAUCCUCAACGGGGAAGGGGUUCAUAGAGGAUGGACAUAAUGUGGACCCAAAUGAACGUAAACCAGUUGCUAAUCUAGCAGAUGGCGCUUUCGCAGAGGAUUCUAUCAAAAGGGAGUUUGUUCAGGUGGAAAAUCUCCACGAGGGUAGAAUAAAUCCGGUAGAGGAGGUAGGCAAUCAGAGGAGCAAUCUGGACGAGGGGGGCGAUGGACAUAGUGUCAAACGUAACAGUGUGCACUGCGAAUCUGAUCUGAGUUACACGUACGUAAGGGACAUGCUAGAAAGAGGGGGUACGCACAACGAACAGGAAUCCGAUAGCGGAGGAAGCGAAGUGGAUUGUACAAACCGAUUUAAAAAAAUAGAAAUUUUUUUUCAAUUUUAUUUGAAAAAUUUAUUCCAUGGAAAUUUUACGAAAAUAGAAGAAUUCAACAUUUCGUCAUAUUUCAACGUGUACAAUAAUCGAAUAAUUUUUUGUGAGUGUCUUAUGUAUUAUGUUAAGAAGGGGAAAACUUUUUUUAAAAAUAUGGACGGUAUGGUUAUAUUUGCAAGAAUUAUUUUAUCCUUUUUGGACUACUGCGAUUUGUACUUUGAUUAUUGGUCUUCCAUCUACAUUUUGGUUGCUUCGGAAAAUUUUUAUUUUGAAGUGGAGGAAAAUUACCAUUUGGAUGUUAAGCGGCUCUUGGAGGAGUGCCAUUUUUUUGAGAAGUUUAAAAGGGGACAAGCAGGCAAUAGGGGGGGAUCCGCAGUGGGAGCAAUCCAAAUGAACGCUGGUCAUGUGCAGGGAAGGAGAAAAAACAACCUUGGGAUGGAUGAUUUUUUCAUUAUCGAUGAGGAUGAAAAUGGAAAGGAGGGUUCACCUAAGGCACGUAACGUGGGGGUGUUGUCGAAGAUGAGUAUGACGAGUAGCAAAGCGAGGAGGAGUGUCGUGAAUAUAUACGAGAGUAGGGAGGAUGUGGAGAAGGAUAAGCAAGUGGACAGCCACUCCAAUAGCAACGCUCCUGCGUUAGCUUAUGUAGAGGAUAGUGGACAGGAACAAGUAAUAACAAGACCAAACGAAUCCAGUGCGCAGGAGGAGGAACCCCCAAAUGAUGAUCUCCCUGAAGAUUUGGAAGGGAAGGACGAAAGGAAGAAAAAUUGUGAACAAGAAGUGAACGCAGAAAAAAAGAAUACUGGCGAAACUGAUAUUCCCAUGAAUAGUGGUGAAUGUAAAAUGGUGGAGAAUAGUGGGAACACCCCAAGGAGGAAGAAAAUCCUGUUGCACAAAUUUUUGUACGCCCACAACCUAUGGAACAACAUAAAGUUUUGGGAAGUGAGUCUCUUAGUUAUCAUUUCGGAAAUAAUCCAAGAAAGUGUUUUACUGGAAAAACUAAAAUACGAAAACAAAGAAUCAUUGAUUAAAAAGUAUUUUUUUUUUUUUAAAUAUUUUAAUUUCUACAAUAGUAUGAUUGACUUUGGAUUAUCAAUUAACCAAAUUGGUUUGCUCCUGAACAAAGUGUUUCACAGUUUUGACUUAAAGAAUGACCCCAUAUCUCGGAAAUACUUUUUCCAAAUCAUUGACAUUGCGACGAAUAAGAAGAUCACGCUAAAUUAUAUUAAGACAGAUGUCGGGAAUUUGAACUCGGAGUAUAAGAAGUACUAUUUGCAGUACUACAACAAUUAUUUGAAUGACGACAGUCGUCCUGGGGCGAAGAAAUCUUGA